UUAACCUCCUCCAUUCUCUCCUCCACAACCCUCUUUCUAUCCUACAUUUCAUCUCUUGGAUGAAAAUGUGUGCAUUUGCUUAUCACCUUGUAACUCAACUCAAACUAUUAUGUUUUAAAUACUCUUUAUUGGUAAUGUAGUUCAGUGAUUCCCAACCAGUGCCGUGACACAUUAGUGUGCCGUGAGAGAUUAUCAGGUGUGCUGUGGAAAAUUAUCCAGUGUCACUUAAUUGGUCUGAAAAUUAUUUAUUUAAUACAAAUAAUGUAUCUUUGUUAGCUAUACUAGUGAAAUAGAGGCAAAACAAGUAAAUGUUCUUCACCAGGGUGUCAAACUAAUAUUCAUCAUGGUCCACGUCUUAGUUAGGGUUUCCAAUCGAUGGUCACCAUGACUAAAAAAAACAUAAAUGUGUAAGCGUAUAACAAAUAGAAUUUGAAAUCAGAGGUCAUUUAAAAUAUUGACAACCAAUUAUUUAAGUAUAGUGUUCCCCCGCAUAUGUGCAAUUCGUGGCUCGCAAAUUCACUUAUUUGCUGAUUUAUUUUUAACCCAUGCUCUUUUAUUUGCUGAAAAACUCACUUAUUUUCUCUUUUUGUGCUCAGGCCAAAGGCCUGUCCAAUAUAAAAGUAUUGCUUUGGCGCCAUCUUUUGGCUCACUCACUUUUGUUAAUUAACAUUUAAACAUUAUGCAAACUGUACACUCACUACUAUUUAUCAAACCUCAUAAUCGGUUAGCAGGAUUAUGCUAAAACGCGUUUGCUCUUCGAGUUAGCAAGAUUAAGAUAAAACUUUAUUUUAAGAAUUAUACCACAACUUCAUUUGGCAGAAUUAUUCUAAAAUUCAAAAGUUUCAGUUAAUUAGCAGGAUAGCGUUAUCCUUCUUCAGUUUGCUUGCAUUAGCUCCAAGUGGCACCGUGACACACCUGAUCCAGCAGAUGGAGCUGCGGUUAAAAAAAAAAAAAAAAAAAAAAAAAAAAAAAUGCAAUACCACCACCUACACAGUAAUGGAGUGGUACAGUAUGGGCUGGCACAGCAUGAUUCAUCAGUGACACGAACCAGGCGGGGUAGGUGGGCCUUGGUGGAGGUCAGUGCAUGACAAAGUGCCAUUGUAGAUGUGUUUUGUUUUCAGUUGUGCUUUCAUUUUUCCCAACCCGUUCCCAUUCCCUACAUCCUUCCUCCCCAGCCCGGUCUGUGAUGGUGUCCCCCUUCCUCUCGAUCCCGGAGAGAUGCCCGUGCAGGAGAUGGCGGUGAGUCCUGUCAAGUCCUUGUACUGGGAGCAGUCCCCCCCCAUGUGCCAGCGCCGAGUCUACUGCACCCCCAUCUACAAUGAAGGCCUGCUCUACGUGCUGGGGGGCUGCAGUGAGACCGGCAUGCCCCUGGACAGCGUGGAGGUCCUGGAUGUGGAGAGCCAGACGUGGAGCCAGCUGCCGCCACUGCCCACGGCGAGGGCGGGCGCUGCGGGCGUGUCGCUGGGGGGGCAGGUUAUGGUCCUGGGAGGCAUGAAUCAGCUGCAGACCCCGUUGGCUUCAGUGGAAGUUUAUCACCCAGAUGAGGGCAAGUGGGAGCCGAAGGCCAGUCUGGGGCAGCCGUCCAUGGGCAUCACCACUGCGCAGAAAGAUGGCAAGGUGUACGCAUUCGGCGGAAUGGGGGCGGACAUCACACCCCAGGCCCUGGUGAGAGUUUAUGAGGCAGAAAGUGACCAAUGGCAGCCGCUGACCUCAAUGCCGACACCACGAUAUGGAGCCACACCCUUUGUAAAAGGCAACAAAAUCUACAUCAUGGGUGGUCGCCAAGGAAAGAUGCCGGUGACGGCGCUGGAGGCAUUCGACCUGGAGAUGAAGAGCUGGACACGCUACCCGUGCAUUCCGAGCCGGAGGGCCUUUUCCUGCUGUGCAACAAAUGAGCGAAGCCUCUUCAGCCUUGGUGGCCUCCAGCAGCCGGGCCCACACAACUUCUACUCCAGACCUCACUUUGUCAGCACCAUGGAGGAGUAUGAUAUAGAUCAAGGCAUCUGGAUCAAACCCAGUCGAACAUCAAAGAUGCGAGAGAAGAGGGCUGACUUUGUAGCAGGAUGUUUGGGCGGACGGGUCAUUGUGGCUGGUGGUCUCGGCAAUGAGCCAUCACCUUUGGGCUCUGUCGAGAGCUACAACCCGAUAAAGCGUCGUUGGGAGUACGUGGCGCCUAUGCCCACCGCACGCUGCUCGUCUGCACUCCUGCAGACCUCCAGCAUGCUUUUCGUCAUCGGUGGGGUGGCGCAGGGCCCGAGCAAUGCCGUGGAAGCUCUCUGCUUACAGGAAACAGUGUGACACGUGCACAGGGAGCAACGCACACACUGGAGUAAAUGCACGCUGCCGUUGCUAUUUUAUUGUCGCUUGUGUGGAAAUGGCUGAAAUAUAUUUCCUUGGAUAUAGAGGCUAUCAUCCACACAUACUUUACUACUUUCACGCGCGACUGAUGGAUGCUUCUUGAUGGUACACAGAUUCUGCAAGCAUUUCUAAAAGAAAAAAGGCAUCCGGGGACAUUUGCUGACAGAGCUGGACGAAUAAAUACAAGGACAGUCAAGAUUACUGUGACUGAUAAGGAGAGAACACUGACAGCUUGUCUUCCUUGCAGAUGUCAGGGGAAGAUGAAAAAAUAGCAAAAAAUAAACACACACACACUAUCUGAAGACUUCACAUGCCUUUGAACUCUUGAGCAGUUUUCAGAACAAAAGCAGGGUACUUUUCUGGAUUUUAAAGGAACAUAGGGCCAUAUAUCUGUCACACUCCCCUGCUGCUGCGUCAGCAAUCUGACAUUUUUCUAUCAUUCUCUUUUUUUUUCAUAUAAUGAUGUGAUUGUGGGACACUUUAUUUUUGUUCUUUAGUUUUGUUACGGUGUUGUUUAAGUGUUAACAUUCCUGCUAAGUUACUAAAUGUAUGUAUUUAUUAACAAUUGGUUUGGUGGCUGGGUAGUAGAAAGUGUUAAAUUUAAAGCACCAAAAUUUGAAUUUAUUAUAAUUUCAUCAUGUAUACCGCAGGGGUGUCAAACUCAAAUUCACGGUGGGCCAAAAUAAAAAAUUGGGACAACGUCGCGGGCCAAACUCAAUAUUUAAUGAAAAAUCACUGCGAUGUCCAUGUUUCCCUUCUCUCCAGAAAUGUAGCAUUAAAGUUUAUCAUAUGAAAACAAAUUAAAAUUUUGCUUAAACACUGAAUCUGGAAUAAACAAACUUUAAUAUUAUAAACACGAGAAAUCAAAUUUGCGAUAAAAGACAUCAGUGGUAUUUGUUUGUUGUUUUGCAUUUAAAUAGAUAACAUGUAUUCUUCUGUCUCGCCAUCUUCUAUUUAUCUAUCUCCAACUACCUUUCUUUUUGAUGUAAAUCUUUUUUCAAAAGCCAACAACAAACCAACCCAAAAAAAUAAGAAUGUCCUUCAAUAAAAAUAGGAGUUGGAGUUGAUAAAGGGCAUUAAAAAAACAUUAAUUCAAUGAUGUUAUAUUCUUUGUUACAGCCAUGUUGCUCCGCACACGACAAACAGGUCUGUCUUUUCCUUUAGUGAACAGAUAAUCUGCCUCCCACCUGUCUUGGAAGUUAACUGUUUUCCAUCUUUCGUUUGGCCAUUUUUGGGAAGGACAAGUGUAAAUUUGCUCGAGGAGACCGGUAGCAUAGUUGCUAACGACAGCAACAGAAAGGGAAGGGGCGCUCGCCGGUCUAGCCUGAUGGGCCAACACACUAGCAAAGCAUUCUGGGAUUUGUAAUAUUAGUGGCGCAUGUGCUAUAUACUGGCAGGCCAGCUCUAAUACACAUUUGAUAUGGUCUUGUGGGCCAAAUAUAAUUACAUCAUGGGCCAAAUUUGGCCCCCGGGCCUGAGUUUGACAUAUAUAUAAUACCUGAAAUGAUGUGGUCCUUUCUGACUAACAUGAAGCCCAUAACCACAAAUGGUUUUUUUUAACUUAAAAAAAACAAAUCUUGAGGAUUGUGUGCCCCCAAAUACCGAAACCUUCCAUGCUACACCACCGAACUCAAGCGUGUUGGAUGUCCAUCCAUGGCCGCCACAACACCACCUGGUGUUGACCACAGUCACUGUGCUUCUUUUUAUCUCCAGCCUUGAGCAGUAAAGUGAUCAAUCACCACUGACAUUGUCCGUCACACUGUAGCACACUUUGUUCGUUUGUUUUUGUUUGUAGAUGCUCAAUCUACAAACUCCUCAGCCACCAUUACUGACAUGUUUGUUGUGUUUCCUCCAUCCACCACCACCACUGCAAUGCAGUGGAUUUAUUACCUCAGCUUGACAUCCAGCACAUUUCGGAUCAAUGGAUAAAUCACCUCAAGGUAAUGUCAGAUGGGCAACCUUUUGAAGCAUAAAAUUGAAUUUAAAGAAUAGGACAAAACACUUGUUGGCAUGUCAUUGUUUGAUGUUUAUGUUGCGUUGGCCAUGCUGUUCUUAGCUUGUACCCAAAACAUCAGCACAAAUGCAAUUGUGUUAACAGGUGUGCAUACCCUGGCAGAAUUUGGAUUUUUAGGCCAUUCUGGGAAUACGAAAUUGGAUCUUUCACUCAUUGUUAGUGGAUGGGUGAAGACAUCAAUUAUCAAACUUUAUUGAUUUAUUUAUUUGCUCUUUUAAGAUCAGAAUUACAACAGUAAUUACCGACAUGAUUCUGUUGAAAAGUUGACAGUUUUUAACAUCAAUGACAACUUAAAAGUUUUUGUGAUAGUUUUUGUUGAGGUACAGCUGACCAUUCUUCUUGGCAAACAGCCUCCAAUACCUGUAAACUCUUUGGCUCUAUUGCAUGAACCGCUCUUUUCAGGUCUCCCCAAAACAUCAGUGAUUCACAUUCAUGUUUCACAGAUGGAAUGUUGUACUUUAAAUCAUAGGCUUUGUUGGCUCCCAUCCAAAUAUAUCCCGUAGUUUAUGGUUGUGGCCUUAAAGUUCAAUUUAGGUGCAAUAACUUUGUUUCAGACGUUUUGACGUUUGUUUCUGUGCUGUUUGCUUUGUGGCAAUUUAGUUGUAAUGGCUUUGUUCUAGUGACUUGACCAUGGAGCCCAUUUUUCUUUAAAUUAGUGUUCAUCAUGAAACAGCCCCACCAGUUUUUUCUCCAGAGAGUCCUGUAUUUCAGCUGAAAUUAUUUGCGUUUUUUCUUUGUAUCCUGAACAAUUUUACUGGCAGUUGUGGCUGAAAUUUUUCACCGCGGCUUGGUUUCAACAGAUUCUCAUUUUCCACUCGGGGAUUUUUUAUUGUCCCAUUGCAAGGACUUUGAAUAAUUAUAUUAUUCAUGAGGACUUCAAAAGAGCAAACACAAUUGUUUGCUUUUCGAGUGACAUUAGUGAUUGUGGCAGCAGUAAAAUUAAAAUAAUGUACAAAACUAUACCAUAAAAUUAUUAUAGAGAAUGUGGCAGAUGUCAGUUAAUACACAUAGGAAUCAAAAUGCGUCCCUGCAUGAUGAUAAAAAUGCAGGUUAGUAUAAAAACAGAUCCUGAUCUCUAACCUGUACAAAAAAUGAUGACAUAACCCCCCACCCACCCUCAAAAUUUCAUAAUUUGAAAUUUGAAUUCCUGAGUAACUAUGUGGCCAAUUCUGGUAUACAUUUGGUGUAUUUGAUUUUAAUUGAAUUACCUAGAAAAUGCAUGCUGCACAUUCUUGUUCAAGCAAAUUUAUCCCACAAAAAAACCAUUUUUUUCAUUUCUAAUAGUUUCAUUCACGCUGAAAAUGAAAAAGUAAAACUUUAACAAAAUGAAGUCUAACAAAGUUCGUUUUUACACAUCUUUUUAUACUACUAAAGGAUCUAGAUUUUUUUUUUUACUGUAUACAGUAACGAACCUCCACUAUUAGUGGGUGAUAGGGAGCAAGUCGUACCAUGAAUAAUUGCCAGGGUUGUAAUUAUGUAACUAUGGAUGCCAAAAGAUGGCGGUAAAGCACUUAAAACAGAAACUAUCAUGAAGCAUCAACACCAUGAAUCGAGCCCCUACGUGACCAGGAUCCCAUGUUACAUAAACGACUAUUCAAUAAUGAAAUUAUUCUACACAAACACUUUCACAUGAGGCUCAUCAGUAGUAUUAGCUAGCAUACCAGCCUAAAUAACAUGCCAGCACAAACUGACAUUACAUCACACAUGGGCAAACAAAUACGCAAACUAGCACUUUGCACAAAUGGUAUGAGUCAUUAAACUCACCUUUUGGUACCUACAGUUCACACAAUAAUAUAAAGGAAUAGGCUAAUUUUAACGGCAACGUAGAUUAAAUGGGCCAAUUGUAGCUGCGUCGGGAGAGACUCAAACACAAACUUUCAUUCUGAGCUGCAUUCAAGGACCACCAACAAUAGAGAACAUCUCAAAACCAAUUAAAAACAAAAAACAUCAAUUCAUUAUACCUAACAACAACAGCAGCACAAAGACUCCGAAACAUGGUGCCAAAGUAAUAUGUUUAUUGCUUUGGCCUGUGGCCAAAAACAGCAAAGAGACACAUUUUGCAGUGAAUAACAGAGAAUAGGUUCCCAAAACAUUGUGAAUAUGCAAAUUUGCGAAUGCCGUAAUGCGAAUAUGUGGGGGUUCACUGCAUAAUUGAAAUAGAUACUAUACUUAACCCAUUUCAGCAAUAGUUUUUCCUGGUCAAGAGUAUAAGCAGUGCCACUAUAGUGACAUUUUUGGGUAACAAGAUCAAUAAAUGUAAACUAAAAACAAGAUGUUCAGAUGACAGACGUAUGCUUCAGAUGUUUGGACCAGCUGCACGCGCAAUGAGCUGAUGUGUCAUUUAGUUACUAUUUAUUUGAUGCAUUAAAGCAACUAAUCUUAAUUCAAAAUAAAGAGAAGUCUGUCUGAUCACAGCAUACUAAUUUCAAAUGCAUAGAGGGAGAGAAAAAAAACAUGCGUCAGAUGAGUGAAAGAUAAGCCCAGGACCAGAAACACACAAAUGCACACAUUCACUUUUCCUUGGCUGUUGCAGUUUCGAUUUGUGGUCUGCACCCAGACAGAUCUUGUUAUCUCUUUUGAGGGAUGGUGCCAAUAGACAGUUGGUUAUUUUGGAUGUUCACCAUUUGAUUGUGUUAGGUGCAGGUCACACAGCGCAAAGAGCAUACACACAUAAUGGAUUUGCAUGACAGUGCAAAUGCAUUUUCCACUCAGUUAUGAAAAUAGUUCUUUCUACGAACAACUACAGGAAAAAGGCAUGGAUAUAAUCUUGUGAGCUGUGAAGUAAACAAGGUUUUUGUGGUUUUGCCACACUUCGAUAUUGCAUAGGACUGUUGUGUCUUGCUGCUAAAGAAAUAUGAUUUAUUAGAUUUGCUAUAUAUCGUAGGUCCAUCCCCAAUUUUGCAAUUGUGAGACUGCGACGUGGGCAGUUGUGAGACUGAUCCAUUCUGUCAGUUUGCCAGCACACUGGUGCUCGUGAGCAUUUCUGAGAAAUCUCUGUAAAAAAACCUCAGUAUUUAUUAUUAGGCCAUCUGGAGGUUGGAGAGUGUCAUCUAAUUUCAUCGUGUUUUUCUCUGCUCCCCCCCCCCCCCCCCAAAAUCCCUUCAAAGAAAUCGAAGACUAGGUUGCCCUAUUUUUCCCCUUUUAUUUUUAACAUAAUCUCGGUCACUCCCUCAUUGAGUCACAGUGGCUCAUGGAUCAGAUGUUCUAUACGUUUCUCACCUCUCACAGCCAGUUGAGGAAUAAGAGCGGGAUGAUUCAGAGCAAGUAGAAGCCGAUUACAUGCUGAACCCUUUAAACAGGCCACGAGUGGAUGAUGCACAAGCCUGCUUGAAUGUGAAGGCAAAUGCGUUCUUGUUGAAAGCCAAAAUAUAUUGCCAACCUACAUCCCAAGGCACUUUGUAUUUGGAAUACGUUUUGGGUUAGUUUAUUGAUCAUAUUUUCCAACUAUGUGCGUUAAUGAUGUCACAGGGACUACACUACAGCACCACAGCCCUAUACAACACUCAUAUCUAAUGUUUCAUUGUUGUAGAUAUGUAAUGAUUUACUUUUCUCAUCGUGUUUACAAUUAGUGCUUUGUCCUUUUUCUCUUUACUUCGCUCUCCCCGCUAGAAUUUUUUUUCUGUUCAACUGAUCGACUCUGAUUCUCAAUAAACAUCAAGAAACCACAGCGGCAGCUUAAAAACUCCACUGUGACACAAUAAAACUGUUCCGGCAUAGACGGGAUACAGAUCCUCCAUUCUGCUUGACCUAACAGCUGAACAGGACAAAAAAAAAAAAAAAAAAAAAAAAAAAAGGGGUGGGCAAACUAUGACCUGCAGGCCACAGUGGGCCCACUCCGUUCUUUCUGUCUGCAUUUACUAUUUAUCAGAAGUCCUGGAAUAUUUAUUCAGUUUUAAUUUCAAACCUUCAAUUUAGCAAUUAUUUCCUAAAAUGUCAUUUUUUAAAAAUUCUACUAAAUAUUACAUUUACAUUUAACAGUAUGGUAUUACAUUUAUUUGUACUAUUUUACAUACAGUUUAUUUAUUGAUUUAUUUUACGUCAUCUUAGAAAAGACUUGGCCCAUCUGUCCAUGUUAAAAAUCUUAUAUGGGCCUUGAGCACAAACGUUUGCCUACCCCUGAGAUGAAUGGUGUUCAUGUGAGUGAGUCUUGAAUUAAAAAGCUGAGUCAAUGUUGCGUGGAAAUGAACACUGUUCAGUUUGACUCAGAAUUUCAUAUAACCACUGUUGAGUUGUUUAUUAAAGUGAAACCAGUUUGGACACAUGUUUUGGGAAACGAGAGAGCAUAAUUCUGCUCCUGUUGUGAUCUCUCCCAUUCUCUCUCUCUUGCUGUACUGUGCUGUUUCCCUAUACAGUGAUUAACAUGAUAGAAACAGGAACAAAUGCUUUGUGGUCUCAGUGAACUAUUGCUGUGUGAUCUGUCUGUGCAAACGUGAUUACUGCACUGGAUGAAGUGUUCCAAAAAUGAUGAGAUCAAGUGCUGGGAAUUGUGGUCAUUCCCGUAUAAUAUUAAUGAUGUACCUACUGUAUAUCAUGAUGCUUUACCCCCCCCAUGGACACCCCAUGAUAUACUGCACUGUAGUCAUACAAUGACUAAACAUUGUAUGACUACAGUAUAUCACAGUUAAUUAGGACAGGAGCUAAAGCAAACAUUCCCCCACACUGAUACCUAGAAAGUGUUCCAUUGAGAAUUCAAUUAAAAAGUGUUUUAAAAGUAA